UUGCUUUGUUAUUUAAUGUGAUUCUUAUGGGACACAAGUAUUACCUCUGCAUAAGUUAUAACCUACACAGAAGAGGGUAUAAACACUCCAAUUUCUAUUCAUAUCAAUGUAUGAUACUGCCUCGGAAAAUAUUCCAAUCUUAUACAGAGCAAAACCAAGAUUCCACGACUUAAAAGGUAGAACAAUGCAGCCCGCUAGUGAUACUGUCCGCUCUGGUCUUAGGCCCUCACGAGUUUAAAAUGCGUUACUAGAGUCUAAGGCUUGUUAACUUAUAUACCCAGUAUCUCUUGUAUUUUGCCGAUGCGGGUAUGGGGUGUUACAUACAUCCCUUAUGGACUCGGGGAUUUGCUUAAACUCAGUUGGACUCUGAUCCACUAUCGGCAAAGUUGACACAAGAGUUGCUCUGAUACCAUCUGUAACAGUCCAGUCCGCUAGUGAUAUUGUCCGCUUUGGGCCUUGGUCUUCACGGGUUUAAAACACGUCACUAGGAUCUAAGGCUUGUUAACUUAUAUACCCAGCAUAUCUCUUGUAUUUUGCCGUUGUCGUUGUCGAUAUGGGUCUUUGUCUAAAGUUUGGGGUAUUACAGAUCCAUUCCUGUGGGGUGUUGUAGAUCCAUUCCUGUCAAAUGUGCCAAUUACUCGCACAAAUGGUCAUAGAUGGUGACUCAUCUUGUCAAAUGUGCCAAUUACUCGCACAAUUGGUCAUAGAUGGUGACUCCACUCAUAUUUACCAACAACAUUAUUGUUCUUUUCUCAUUAUUCUGUUCAUGUUUAAACACAAGUCUGCCAUGACUUAUCAAUCUGCUAAUAAGUAAUUGGUGGUUAAUAUGGCUAAAAUGAAGCUCAUUAAUAUGGAUAUGCAUUGAAGUUGGCCAAAAGUAGUAACGACAAUAAGGAUUGAAAUUGUGCACUAGCCAGCCAGUUUUUAUGUGAGAAUGAACAGUCAAAAUAAAACUAUCAGAAAUGCAAUUAAUGGUAAGGAAGUAAUUGCCAUUCAAAAUCAGAAACUGCUUCUCCUUAAAUAAUAACCUGACAACACUUAAAUUCAGAAACGACUUCCCUCCUUAAAUAGCUAAAUCCUGCUUCUCCUUCAAUAAUUUUCUUUAACUGUUCAAAAAAAUUCAAGAGAAAACACAGUAAGGAAGGCAAAGUGCUAAGAAGACAGUCGUUUAAAAAUUUAGGUUAUUUUCAGUAUUCACUUGUGUUCUAUUUGAAUCUCUUUUUGCUCAAGUAUUUCUAAAUUAAUUAUCUAAAUUUUUUUCCAUAGCUCAAGAAAGAUUACGUAAUGCAAUCCAAAUCUUCAUAUCGACCAUGAGGUUCUGUAUAUCUUGAAGUUGAAGGUAUUCUGUUUACAAGUCAACACAAACGGCUACUUCUGCAUUUAAAAAUCUUUUCCACAAUAAGGCCAUAGGAUAUUAGAAGAGUGCAUAUAUUCAAGCUAUCAAUAAGGCACUCUAUCUAAGUCUCAAAAACACUGGAGUUGAUUAUGUCUUCAAAGGUUAGUAGUUUGUUGAUAUGUUUGUUCAUUCUUCAUCUGUGGGCUGUUGGUAGUGUUACUGGGCGCAAGAUAGGGAUAUAUGAGAUCAAGAAAGGAGAUUUCUCUGUUAAAGUCACUAAUUAUGGUGCUAGAAUCAUCUCUGUUCUUGUUCCUGAUAAGAAUGGAAAAAUAGAUGAUGUUGUUCUUGGAUAUGACACCAUCAAGGAAUACAAGAAUGAUACAAAUUAUUUUGGAGCAAUAGUUGGAAGAGUUGCUAACCGGAUUGGUGGUGCUCAAUUUACUUUGAAUGGAACCCUUUAUAAGCUCAUCGCUAAUAAUGGCAAUAACACAUUGCAUGGCGGCCCUAAAGGAUUUAGCCAUGUUGUCUGGAAGGUGAGCAAACAUGAACGACAUGGUUCACAUCCUCACAUAACUUUAACCUUCCGUAGUGCUGAUGGUGAAGAAGGAUUUCCUGGCGAUCUUCGUGUUUCUGUUACUUAUGCAUUGAAAGAUCCUUACAAGCUUAGUGUGGUAAUGAAGGCAAAAGAUCGGAACAAGGCCACCCCUGUUAACUUGGCUCAACACACUUAUUGGAACAUUGGUGGACACAACAGUGGCGAUAUCUUGUCCAACGUUAUUCAAAUCUUUGCAUCACACAUCACACCAGUAGACGAACAUCUCAUUCCUACAGGCGAAAUCACCUCUGUCAAGAACACGCCAUACGACUUCCUCAAACCACGUAAAGUUGGGAGCAGGAUUAACAAACACCAAAAUGGAUAUGACAUCAACUAUGUACUUGACAGCAGUAAGAAAAUGAAGCCCGUGGCAAUAGUAUAUGAUAAGAAGUCAGGAAGAGUGAUGCUUGUACAAGCAUCUGCACCUGGUGUACAAUUCUACACUGCAAACUCUCUCAUUAAGAAGGGGAAAGGUGGAUAUGUAUAUCAGCCUCAUGCAGCUUUGUGUUUGGAGACUCAAGGAUUUCCGGAUGCUGUCAAUCAUCCAAAUUUCCCAUCGACAAUUGUGACUCCGAGAAAGACAUACGUUCACAAGAUGCUGUAUACUUUCGUGAAAUACUAGAACGCUUAUAACAUUAAUCUUUUCCACCAUUGCUGAUGUCUUUUGCAUCUUCUGCAUAAAUUGAUAUUUCUGUCAGGGUUAUAUGUUCUUUGAGAAAAAUAAACACUUAUUGGUCCCUAAUUUUAAUUAAUGUAACUCUUAUCUGUCUUUGCUAA